AUGUUUAUCUGUAUUAUUGAGAAUCAAGUUUUCCAGGUUUUGACCGACUAUUGUCAAUUAAUUGUCCAACUUUCCAGGAGAAAAAUGAGAUUUACAUUCGUCUCACCACCUCUCAUCUCAACAGUUUCUCACAUUUCUCGGCCAACACGAGCGUUUUCCACUCAAUUCUCGACACCAGCACUCUUGUUUUUGGAGGAAAAAGCGCUAGAGAUGUGGUGGGUUGUCCUCACUUUCCUCGUACUCACGCUGCUAUUGUCCGCGUUCUGCCUCAAUAUAUUUAUCCGGCUUCGCUCCCAACCCCUUUACUUGUCCGCUACACUGGUUUUGUCACUGUUUCUGCCGUUGUCGAUCAUUUUCAUCCUUCCAAUCGAUCUGAUAUCAACGUCUAUUGACAACUCCAGGUCAUCUGGAGUGUCGUUACAAGGGAACCAGAGCUCUAUAUUCUAUCUAGACCCACGAAUUGUCAUAAUUCUAUGGCGGGUGAACUACUGGACCACUUUUGUGCUGACAUGGGUGAUCUUGCCGUUUUUACAGAGUUGGUUUAGCUCUGGAUACCACAAAGUUCGCGAUCGGCUCAAGGACGCGCUAGUGGAUGUGCUCAAAUUCCAGCUGUUGAUGCUGGUAUGCGCAGUCGCGUUUCUGGUGUAUCUGCUGUUUGCGCACCGCGAUUGGCUGAGUUUCACGACGUUGAAGUCAUUGGUGAUUACAGUUUCACACCUCUACGCGUUGGUGAUAGCUCUUUGGCUUAUGGCCCACGGUUUAGUGGCGAUUCCUCGCGAGAAAUAUCUCCAUUCCGGGUUCUACGAAUCACGACUUUUUGGAGCUUACUGUGCUCUUCCAUCCACCAAAGAACGUUAUGACGAUGCCAAAUUUGAAUUUCGCGAGUGCUGUGGAAAGGUUUGCACGCUGCGGCAGCUCCAGGACUCCAACCUAGAUUUCCGCGAUUGGAUUAUCGAUCUUGUUAAUCAGGUUCCGGACCAGUUUGUGCCGUCAAGUUCUCACGUUGGGUUUGCUUAUAGUGGUGAAAGACUGACCGCAGCCGAUCUUUCGGCUAAGAAGAUGAACCAACUCACCACGGAGUUCCAGCGCAAGAAGAACCGAUUAGACACAGAGUACAUUCAUUUUCAGAACGCUGUUGAUGAGAUUAUCAAGCUGGAGGAUAAGGUGAAUGCUCAACUGUUGAAGGAGCUAAAUCCGCGACUGACUCCUUCGUCUGCGUGGGGUGGCUUUCUGGUUAGACACCCACGUUUAAGCUACAUGCUUUCUCAGUAUUGGAAUCCGUGGUUUGGGAGGUUCACGGCACUCUGCUUGGCAGGACUUUCGGUUAUUGUAGUCGAAUCAGAGGUGCUUCAUGGCACGAAAGCCUCGUUGAUUAACCUAGUGAUCAAUGGUCUCACUAAGAACAGCGUCAGGAACCACUCUACUGCGAUCUCGCAGAUAUUUAUGGCUUGUCUUGUGACCCUCAGCUAUAUGUUGCUUUCCGCGAUGUUCUCUCUGUCCAAGAUCCGUGUCUUUAACAUGUACCAUCUUUCACCACAUCAAUCGUCAGAUCCCGUUUCGGCGACGUUCUUUUUGACUUAUGCUGCAAGACUGACUAUUCCCCUCAGUUACAAUUUUUUGAUGCUUCUGUCGACAGACUUUACUCUGGAUUCGGGGUUCCAGAAGUUUUUGGGUAACUCAAUCAAACUUAUCCCGGCUGGUGCAUUCCUUAACAGUCUGCUACCGAGACUAAUCUUGAUUCCCUUGCUGCUAUCCUUUUUGAACGUGUGGGAUAGGAUGAAGAAAUGGUUCAAGGGCACGUUUUUGUUCGAACAGUUCUUUGAUGAGUUUGACUACGAUGAAGAUACUCAAACUCGAUUAUUGUCCAGAACCAACGAACAAACCGCUGACCCUGAGAGGCUUACCUCUGCUCCCAUAAUUGGUACUCCAUCGAAUGCAAGAGAAGCAGCGCUUGUACAAGAGGCCAAAAACAUUGUUCAAAGAGAGCUCCACGGCCAGACGAGCGUCAUUCCAAGCUCUACCUCUGGCACCGGUAUAGACUCGCGCGUCAUAACUUCAGCCCCACGCCCUUUUCAACUCUCCACGACGCGACAGGUGUCUUCGCCAUUCAGAAGCAAACGCUCGUUAUCUAGGUCUUCCUCCAUGCAAUGGGGAGAAGAGCCGGGAGUGGGAAACAGGGUGUUUGGAGGCCAGGAUCCGGAGUACGUCCGUUCCGAAGAGGGAGCGGACGCUCCUCUGACUUUCGGUCAAAGAGUGUCCAGUGCACUAUCCAACGUUUUUGGAAGGAAAAACAACUCUGCUGGCGCAUUUGAACUAGGUCGUCGUGGAAGCACGAGUACGAUGGCUUCAUCAGCAAACGAUUUCUCUAUGGGUUCACGUGCAGAUUAUGAGACGGACAAUAGGUUGCUUCGUGAUGAGGAAAUAUUGAAUAUUGAUGACGAAGAAGAGGAGGAUGAAAGGUUGAUGUUGUGA